AUGAAGGCCUCAAGGUUGGGAACCGAUGAUGGUGAAAAGAAGGUAGGCAAGAAAGAAGCUGAGAAGCCAGUUUCCGUGAUGAAUAGGCGUUUUUCCUUGUGGAAUUUCUGGAUUGCCUCGUUGGCCUUGAAACUUUUGCUGAUGCCAGACUAUUUUAGUACAGAUUUCGAUGUACAUCGAAAUUGGCUGGCUAUUACGAAUGAACUCCCAUUAAAGGAGUGGUAUUAUGAGAAAACUAGUCAAUGGACGCUGGAUUAUCCUCCAUUCUUUGCAUAUUUCGAAUGGUUAUUAUCUCAAUUCGUGCCUAAGAUAGUCAAAGAGGAUGGGGCUCUAGAUAUAGUUGAAAUUGGUCAAUUUGGCUGGCCUACGGUGGUUUUUCAAAGGCUGACAGUGAUUUUCAGUGAGGUAUUGUUGUUUGUUGUACUACAAGUGUUCGUCAAUACCAGCUCUGCUACUGAAAAGACAAGAAGCUUCGUUGUGGCUUCUAGUAUUGUUCUUUCCCCAGGCUUUUUAAUGAUUGAUCAUAUCCAUUUCCAGUAUAAUGGUUUUCUUUUUGCACCAUUGAUAGCCUCCAUAGUAGCCGCAAAGCAUAAGAAGUACAUGUGGUGCGCAACUUUCUAUGCUAUAGCUCUCUGCUUUAAGCAUAUAUUCCUUUAUUUGGCCCCAUGCUAUUUUGUGUUUCUGUUGCGCGCAUACGUGCUCAAUUUUAAGAACUUCGAGUUCAAAAGCUACAAGGAUUUGAUCUUCAUUGUACAGUGGAAACAUCUGUUCAAGAUGGCGUCGGUUGUUCUAGGAAUUUUUUUCAUCUGCUUUGGGCCAUUCUUGUACGAUCUUCCUCAGGUUAUGACUAGGCUUUUCCCAUUCUCUAGAGGUCUCACUCAUGCCUAUUGGGCUCCAAAUUUUUGGGCUAUAUACUCCUUCCUGGACAAAAUUUUGACAUUUGUGAUGCUGAAACUGCCUUACGUUCAUGCAUUUGCAACUAAGUUUAUUUCUCCACCUUUAAUCCCAGAAAGCUUGGAUGAUUUGAAGGAACGCCUGGUUCAGAACAAUAGUGGCACCAAGGGUUUGGUCCAAGAUGUCUUUUUCGCAAUUUUGCCUCAGAUAUCACCAAAGUUGACUUUCAUACUGACAAUGUUCUAUCAAGCUCUGGCUGUGAUUCCUUUAUUGUUCGAUCCAUCUUUCAAGAGAUUUAUCGGGUCUUUGACUCUUUGCGGCUUAUCAUCUUACCUUUUUGGAUGGCAUGUUCACGAGAAGGCAAUUAUGCUGGUCAUCGUCCCGUUUUCGUUCCUUGUUGUUUGUGACAGAAGGCUGCUUUCCUCCUUCAUGCUGGUUGCAGCUGCGGGAUAUGUAUCGUUGUUCCCACUAUUAUAUGAGCAUCAAGAUUUCCUCUUGAAAUGUCUGUACACUAUCGCGUGGUGCAUCAUCUACUUUUAUGCCUUCAGAAAGACUUCGCAACUCACUACCAGCGUAGAACGCAGAGUGUUCUUCCUAGAUCGUUUAUCGACAAUCUACAUCUUCUCUUUGUUGCCCCUCGUCAUUGGAGUACAAUUUUUUGAAGUCAUGAACUGGAAAUAUCUUUCCUUCCAAAAGUUUGAAUUCUUAGGUCUGAUGGCAUACAGUAUUUACUGCUCCUUAGGCAUUAUCAGCGCAUGGAUAGGCCUCUCAUGGAUGUAUAACUUUGACGAGCCACUGUGGAUGACAAACGAAUAA